AGAUCGCUCUUGGGGCUGUCGAGUCACAUCUGAUAUUGCUGGCCAUGCUUUUCGCAGAGUUUUGGACUUUCUCGCUCUUCUGCGCCCUGGCACUUUCAAAGGCAGGUGCGCGUGUUGUGAUGCCUACAUUAUUUUGCAGCAGCGAAAACACAAACAGGACUUGCGAAGAUAUACUGGAAGAUGAGAUUCCUUCGCCGCCCUGUCCAGAUGCAGAAGCCCGCAGGGAAAUAUCUUCUUCAACUCCUCAAUUGAUUACACUCAACUUAUCCAACCAUCCAUUACCCUAACAGUCAACAAGAGUAGAAUUGACUAUGACAGAUUAGAUAAUAGUGGUUGGUCAGGCUAUGUCGUCGGUUAUAAAGACUGUACCAGCAACCUGGAUACCUAUGCUAUAUAUCUUCAUCACGGCUUCCUGAUGGUUUCAAAGCUGAUGAUUAUGUGCACAUUGUGAACCCCGUGAACCCUGAUUCUGAGUCGGAGGGUUCACGCGUAUCUGUUGGAGACCAGUGUAGCUUCUUUGGGUGCUUUGUGUAUAAGGAGGAAAAACUAUAUGAUAAGUCAUGCGAAAAGGAAGUAAGAGGCGCCAUUUUUGAACCGCACAAUGUUACCAUCAUGGCAGCGUGUGAUACUGAACACAGUGUUGGGAAUGGAAGUAUUGGGUUUGCGAUUCCACAAGAUCGCACGCAGUUCUUCAUCGAGGGCACAGUUGCCAACGUGACAUGUGACGAGGGGUUUGCGGCUACCUAUGGAGGUGUUAGUGAAUGCCAGAGUGACGGAACAUGGAAUACUACAAGUCUACCAACCUGCGAAAGUACGUAGGCACUAUCUGUGAAGCAGAUAAGCCACUUCACAAAUUAGACUAAGGCAUGGGUAAAGCUACUGGUCUGGUGAGAUAAUCUCUUUCGCAGCAUAACACAUGUUUGGUUACUAAAGCACGGAUAACAUGAACUACUGAUUAUGUUUGUAACUUCCACUACAGGACAAUGUGGUGAAUUGAAUAUGAUCGUCGAUGAUGGUAUAGCGAAGAUAAGCGAUGAGACUCGCAUUGUUAAUACAACCAUCACAGUCACUUGCUAUGAUGGGUACUACCUCUCUGAAGAGAACACCCUUACCUGUGGUGAGGAUGGAAACUGGAAUACCCCAAGUCUAUCUUCGAGCUCGUGCUUGCCACUAAAAUGCCGUGACCCAGACAUAAGAAAUGCUACAACUCGGCCACUUCCUGUUGAUGGAGGCUACUACUACCUAGCCAACACCAGUGUCACAGUCACUUGUGACGAGGGUUACGCUGGAGGUGGUAACAUCACCUGUGGAACUGACGGAAACUGGACUUCCCCAGUCCCAUUAUGUUCAAUAAUUGAAUGCUCUGAGCUGGAUGCAAAAGUGGACAAUGGGAAAGUAAUAGUGAACAGGCCAUAUAAUUGGGAGUAUUGGAAUGUACAAGAACGCCACGUCCCCGUAAGAACCGUCAUGAGCGUCACUUGUGACUGGAGUUACACUGGAGAUGACAGCAUCGUCUGUGGAAAUGAUGGAAACUGGUCUGCCUCACUCCCAUCAUGUUCAAAAGAUCAUUUGCCAGAGAUCAUCGGGAUUGUAAUCCCUAUACUGACACUUCUGAUCACUGCUCUUGUAUUCAUGCUCAUAUUCUACAAGUACAGGACCUAUAGAAACAACAAGAUUCGGAGAUUCAACCGUUAUUUUACCAUUCAAGCAAGGAAAGAGUCUUUGGAUCCAAACUUUGCUCCCAUAGACCUUAAUCCACACACGAAACUAUCAAUCUCCCUGUCAAUUCGAACAACUAAUGAGUACUACGAAAUAACGGCAGACUCUGUCGCAACUCCAAUGACCACCACACCACUGCAUGGAGGGGUUGUGGAACUGGCCAAGUCACAGUCAGUAGACAAUGUAUCGAAUCUCCCCCUUGGACACACCAACAUAAUGGCAACUACUGAACCCUACAUCAAGGAUACCGAUUCUGUGUCUGCAGAGCCAACCAACAGAAGCUGCUCUUCUCUACCAUACACACUGUACACGCAGCAUGAAAAAGCAGACGCCGGUACGAUCGCCACUGAACCCUCGAAAAAUGGAGAGGAACAUGCAGAUAUAGCCUUCCAUUUGAGUGACAGCUCGUCAGGCGUACAGAGUGGCAAGGGAGUGUACAUUGAUCAUUCCUGUAUUGGAUUCGAAUUCACAGACACUCAGUCGUCCAGUGUCUAUCCAGUCUCCAGUCACAAGCCUAGCUAUGAGCCUUGCCCCGAGGAAUCCACAGGAAGUUGCUUUACUUUGACGUCGACAUACCAGAGAGUAAGUUCACUCUACUACUCCACCAGACAUCCAGACUCUGCAAUUACUGAGGGGCAAACAGAUACGACCCCCCAUUACGAGGGAGGCUACACAAACAUUCCGGAAAGCAUUACCCCCCUUUCUCCUGAAACUCCAAGCGCUGUGACCCUAGCCUUUGCCACGGUGGGCCAGCCUGCAGGUAUCCAGCACAGCAACAUGUCCAUCUCUGACUCUGCCUCUCAGCUGGAAAGCUUUGAACCUGAACCUCCCUACGUAAACUCCUGCCACUCUGGCUCCAGCUAUUUGGGGCAGUACACCAUCGAGUCGGCUUCCAGCUACAUCGGGGAAUCGACAACAACUGGCUACGUGGCGGAAUCGAGUGUGGCCAAAUCUAGCACUGGCUACACGGGAGGGUCGAGUGUGGACAUUUCGAGCUCUGAAUACGUAAGUGAGGACCUUGUGGGUGAAGGCAAUUACCCAUCUCACGGGUACUUGAGCUAUGCAGAACCUGGCUCUCAGUAUCGAGGAACACCCAGCUCUACAUACCUCACUGAAUAUGACCUUUGUAACAGCAAUGAUCACAUGCCUACUGAACCACUGCCUAAUGACACAGCAAGGCUUCCAGGAACCACUCAACCUACCACUGAUCAUGAGACUAGCUCAGCCCGUCAGAUGAACUCAGGUCUUCCUGGCUAUGUUGCCCUGCCAAACACCUCAUCUACUGCUUAGCUCUCAGAAACCAGUAAACAAUCAUUAUCAUCUCCAUUCUAUAUAGCAUCAAUGUGUUUCAUUUUUUGCUUGCUAAAUUUCACGUUGACAUCUUUUUUGACAGGUACAUAAUUAUUAUGACUAUCCAAACGUUAGAAAUUGUUUCAGUGCUGACUA